AUGCCGCUGGACGGCGUCAGGAAUAUAGUCCUGGUCCUCUCCGGGAAAGGCGGAGUGGGAAAGUCAUCUAUCACUCUCCAACUCGCGCUCUCCCUUACACUCCAGGGGAAAUCAGUUUGCAUACUGGACAUUGAUCUUACCGGACCCUCGAUGCCACGACUGGUUGGCCAGGAAGGUGCAAAAAUUGUACAAGCUCACGGCGGUUGGGUGCCUGUUACUGUAUAUCCUGCUUUAAAUUUAAUAAACAGCACACCUACUCCUUCAACGGACAAGCAACAGGAAGACAGUGAACGCAAGACGUCUCGUCCCCAUGGUUCAUUGCGGUGCAUGUCUCUAGGCUUUCUACUCCGAGACAGAGGCGAUGCAGUUAUAUGGCGGGGUCCAAAGAAGACAGCUAUGAUCCGCCAAUUCUUAUCAGACGUCAUUUGGGGAGAGACGGACUAUCUACUGAUAGACACGCCUCCCGGGACAAGUGAUGAACAUAUCGCAAUUGCAGAACAGCUACUAAGCCAAGCUACCACGUCUUGUAGCCCUGGGCUAUCGCAACCGCGCCUCGCGGGGGCUGUACUAGUGACCACACCGCAAGCAGUAGCUAUCUCUGACGUGCGAAAGGGAGUCAACUUUUGCGCUAAGACGAAUAUUCCUGUUCUCGGGGUUAUAGAGAACAUGUCUGGGUAUACAUGUCCAUGUUGCGGCGAGGUAAGUAACGUUUUCUCGAAGGGUGGCGGGAAGGUAAUGGCCGAGGACAUGGGGAUUAGAUUCCUGGGUGCGGUCCCGAUAGAUGUGAGUUUUGGAGAGAUGGUUGAAGGUGGUCGAUCGAAUGUGGGUGAGCAAAAAGGGGAGCAGGAGGCUGUGCAGAAUGGUAGCCAUCCUCAGGGGGACUCGUUGGUUGAACGGUACCAAAAAUGCUGGUCUCAGUCGACCUUUGAGGCGUUUGCGAAAGAGGUGAUUCAACUAGUCGAGACAUCUACAGCUUGA